GAUCCGCGUCCCAUGCCAUCGGUCGGUGUCCGUCAGUCGGAGUAUUGAUCUGGAAGCCUACAGUUUAGCGUGGUACCCGCCUCAGAGUAUCUUUAGGCCCAUCGUGGAGAAUCAUCCUCCAAAUUUCAAGUUCUUCUAGACCAGUUGUUUGUCGCAACAAGUCUCAAGAUGCAGAAGAUCAAGCUUCAGAGUUCCGAUGGAGAGAUCUGCGAGGUGGACGUGGAUGUCGCAAAAUGUUCGGUCACCAUCAAGACCAUGUUGGAAGAUCUUGGCGUGAACGAGGAUGAAGAGGAGCUGGUCCCCUUGCCCAACGUCAACUCCGUGAUUCUCAAGAAAGUUAUCCAGUGGGCUACCUACCACAAGGAUGACCCUCCUCCACCCGAAGAUGACGAGAACAAGGAGAAGCGUACGGACGACAUCUCGAGCUGGGACGCCGACUUCCUCAAGGUGGACCAAGGUACCCUGUUCGAGCUCAUUUUGGCCGCCAACUACCUUGACAUCAAGGGCCUGUUGGACGUGACCUGCAAGACUGUCGCCAACAUGAUCAAGGGCAAGACUCCCGAAGAGAUUCGCAAGACCUUCAACAUCAAGAACGACUUCACGCCGAGCGAGGAGGAGCAGGUGCGAAAGGAGAACGAGUGGUGUGAGGAGAAGUAAGCAGUGCGCCGAUAUGAACAUUUUGAACUAUUGGUUUGUCCAGCAAUUUUUGUAACAUCUGCAGCAGGUGUC